AUGGUCACUACAUGGUUGGCCAUCGUCUCCUCCACAAGCUCCCCUCGGCGUCGCCUCCGCCUCGCCAUGGCCGCGUCGUCGUCGCUCCUCCCCUUCCCCGCGCCUUCCGCCACCUUCCCCAGGGCCCGCCACGCCGCCGGAAGGGGCCGAGCCGGCGCCACUGGGAGGUUCAUGGCGUGCUCCUCGCCCCCUCCCGACGUCGUGGUCACGCGCGAGCGGGGGAAGAACGCCAAGCUCAUCGCGGCGCUGCAAAUACAUAAUAUACAAACUCUGGAGCUUCCUCUUAUUAGACAUGUUGAAGGACCUGAUACAGAUAGGCUUUCUGAUGUCCUGCGUGAUGAAAAGUUUGACUGGAUCACUAUAACAUCUCCUGAGGCAGCUGCUGUGUUCCUUGAGGGAUGGAAGGCUGCUGGAAAUCCUAAGGUACAAAUAGCAGUUGUUGGAUCAGGUACUGCAAGAGUUUUUGACGAAGUAAUGCAAUACAAUGAUGGAUCCCUUGAGGUUGCAUUUUCUCCUUCUAAAGCUAUGGGUAAAGUUUUGGCCUCAGAGCUUCCAAGGACCACGGAAACUACUUGUAAGGUGUUAUAUCCUGCAUCUGCGAAGGCUGGCAAUGAAAUUCAGAAUGGGCUAUCAGAUCGAGGGUUUGAGGUGACCAGACUGAACACAUACACAACCGUACCUGUACAAGAUGUUGAUCCUCUAAUUUUAAAGCCUGCUCUUUCAGCUCCAGUUGUUGCAGUAGCUUCUCCUUCUGCUCUCCGAGCUUGGCUAAAUCUCGUUUCACAAGUUGACAAUUGGGGCAACGCCAUUGCCUGCAUAGGCGAGACGACCGCCUCAGCAGCUAAGGAAUUUGGCCUGAAGAGCAUAUAUUAUCCUACCACCCCGGGAAUUGACGGGUGGGUUGAAAGCAUCCUUGAAGCUCUCAAAGCCCAUGGGCAAUCGAAAGAGGCCCCAGGGUGUUGAAGACGGGCAUGUACUUUGUACCAGAUGCUAGAGGUUGGUGACGUUUGUGGCGGCUGCAGAUUGAACACUGUUCAUCCUUGACUAAUCGAUGGCACACUUUUGUUUUGUUUUUAAUGUAAGCGAGGGCAGAAAGCAAACCGGCAACUACUGGAGAAUUACUUGUAAAUUGCGAGCCGUUUACUGUAGCUUCUGAACAAGUGAUGUACAGUACUAGUUUGGUAGGGUUACCCCAAAUUGUUCCAACUCUCAAAGUGUUGCUGAUUUAUAGUUUUCCAACCAUCUGCAAUCUUCUAUAGAUACUAUAGUAUUUCCUACCAAAUAUAUUCCUAGAAAAGCUGUGUGGCUCCUGUGCUGGGCGUGCUGAACCCAGAGGUGUUUCUCAUGUCAA